ACGGGCGAUUUAUUGCGGGAUUCUUUCUCAGGGCUCACAUUUGCUCUCUUGGGUGUGGCUGCACCUGGCUAGGUUGGUUCUUGUCCUAUUCCUCUUUGCAGGCUGGGGGCGGGCCUGGGGGCCGUCUCUGUCUGGUGGAUAAAGGGCACUGGAUCUGCGAGGAAGAAGAGACCGGGAAAGGCAGAGCGGAGGAGCGGAGGAUCCUGGAGCGUCUGUUUCUCAGGGGAGGAAGUCGGCGAAAGGCGGAAAGGAGGGAGAGAUCCGGGGGGCUCUGAUUCGCAGCGAGGAAGAGGGAGGGUGAAAGGCAGAAGGAAAAGAGUGACUGUUGUGGGUUUGCUCAGCCGAGCAGAGGAAGGACGUGACGGGCAGAGGGGAGAAGAGCAAACAUCCUGAAUUUGCCCAGCGGACCCCAGGGCCCUGAGGCAGCAGGGCGGGGAAAGGGGAGCGGGAAAGGCGGCUCAGAGGGGAGAACGCCCCAACUCGGCUCAGGAAAUACAGCAAGCAGGUGCCAGAGGAGCGGGAGAACGGCCCGGAGGAGGAGAGGGCAGGCCUGGAAAUUAGAGGGCUCGGAGACACGCCCCGAGGGAGCGGCAGACCGGGAAAGGCGCCCAGGAGGAGUGCAGCACCAUGAGCUACCCAGGCUAUGAUAAAGGCCCCCAGCCCUCUGCCCCUGCUCAGCCCCCCCCAUACUCCAACAUGCCACCUUAUGGGGCCCCUCCCCCGCUACUGCCCUCCGGCGGGCAAUUCCCCACCGCAAGCUACGGGGCAGCCCCCGGAAUGCCCCCCAAUCCACAGAGCUAUUACCCCCCAUACAACGAGGACCCCAACCGGGGCCAGAUGGGCUAUGCCCCACAGCAGGUCAUCCUGGUCUCCCCGCCUCCUACCAAUGAGGCUGACUACCUGGGCUACUCCAUCUUCACCCUUCUCUGCUGCUGCCUGCCCCUGGGCAUCGUGGCGCUGGUGUAUUCCAUCCAGACUCGGGAUGCCAACCGCUCUGGCAACACUGCCCAGGCGCAGCGGAGUUCCCGGAUGGCCCGGAUUUUCAACAACACGGCCCUGGGGGUGGGGAUUGUGGUGCUGAUCGUGUGGGUCGCCGUCGUGAUUACCAUCAGCCUCUCAGCCUCUAGAUACCACUGAUCCUUCCGCCCUGCCCCCAGCCCCCAACCCCCAGCUCUGGGCCGGUUUUCAACACCUCCCUGCAUCCACACACACAGACCCGCAUGCACCACAACACAACCAUCUCCUCAGCCCACCCACACACUCACUAAACAGCCAGUCUGCGCCCCCCACACCCUCCCAAUACAACAUCCCCGCCCCCCUUCCCAGCCCCCCAGCCCACAUCAUGGGACCCAGGGAGAAUGAGCCUCCUCUGCCAGCCAUCAGGACUCACACACCCCAGGCCCCCCAAAUAGGCCAAGUACCACCCCCCUCCCCACCAGGGCACAUGGUCCUAUGAGGGCGCAAAGGACUCUGGGAGACACUGGACUGGACGGGACUUCAGACGGGGUCUGAGAUGAUUCAGACACUGCAAGGGGGGCUGAGAGGAGUGUGGUCCCAAAUGUCCUGCUGCCCUCCCCCCAAAUUUGGCCUUACCCUCUGGCUCCCCCACCACCACCAUCACCAUUCAUCUGGGGUCCAUUUCAGGCCAUACCAUUGGCUUCUGGGAAAGACGGGACUGGCCAGCCCAUUGGCUAAGAUUCCCUCAUGUCCCCCUUUGUUGUGUUAGAGGGUAAGAGCUCUACUACUCCUGCUGGCUGGUGGAGAGACUCCUUUAAUGCCACUUAGAGGAUACCAGCUCGACUACCGCUGCUGGCUAGUGGAGCGACUCCUUUAGUGACACCUAGAGGAUACCACUGCUGGCUAGUGGAGCAAUUCCUUUAGUGCCAUCUGGAAGAUAGUCUACAACCGCUGCUGGUGAAUGGCUGAAGGAGCUGUGAGCAGGGCCCAUCCUGGCCUGACCAGCAAGAGCACUCCCUGCUGGGUAACCCCGGAAGUUUGGUCCCUGAUCAGCAUCCUAGUCACCCUGCGUUCUAACAUCCUGUCUAAGGAGAUGGCAGCGAAAUCCAGAAAGAGAGCGCGCAGCUGUCCUCACGCCUCCAAUGAGUCCCCAGAACGCACCCCCGUCUGCCUCGAGAAACCAGCUGCUGGCGCCCGGCUGGGAAAGCCGCACCCUGCUUUGAGGAUUGGUCCUGCUUUGAGCAGGGGGUUGGACUAGAUGACGUCCUGAGGCCCCUUCCAACCCUGACAUUGGAUGAUUCUAUGAUUCCACCGAUGAGCAGCAAAAAGCCUCUUGUACGCGUGUGCUGUUUGCCCCGGUGAUGGCAUGCUCCCAAUGCCGCCCGCGCCCCCGGAACGAUGGUCCCGGGUUUCUCCAAAACGACGGCCUCUGAGGGCCUCAAAGCGCAUGCGGUUGCACCGGUGUUUCACCCACCAGCCUUCGCCUGUCCGUCCAGAGAUUGCCCUCGAUCAGCUGACAGCACUGAGGCCGGACACACUCGUGACUUUAAUGCUCAGCGGAAGCUAGACACAUUCAGGCUGGAAAUGAGGAGUCCAUGUCCAACAAGGAGGGCAACAACUCUGCAAGGGCCGUGGCGGAUUCCCCCACUGGCAAGCUGGGGUGGGUUUCUAAAAAAUCUGCUCUCGUGCAAACGGGCAUCGCUUCAGGGAAGCGUUCAGGCUUUGUCUUGAUCACCGGGCCCCUUUCUGAGCCUGCAAUCGACGAAGCUACUGCUGGACAGCGCUGCCGAGAGCUAGGUAGGAUUCUUACGUGACUCUUUGGUUAAAGGGGCAUCGGACGCUCCAGAGGAAUUCGGAUGGGUUCAGCGUUAUCCCACGUAUAUUACCUUUGGGUACAGAGUCAUGCCUGGAACGGCUUGGCUAUGGAGUAUUGAAUUGAAUUGCCGUUCUUGGCUAGAUCAGUCGCUUGUCUCCCAUCCUCAAUCCCACUUGAGAAUCAUUUGCUUGACUUUAGAAACGAGAUCCAUUACUUCCAUGGACAGCCCAGCUCCUUUGGGGAUAAAUGAAGGUCUCUAUUUCAGGCUCCAUGUCGAUACCGAAUUCCCCCAGCAGAAGGAGUAGAGAGGGAGGAGAAAUGUUUGCUGUGUAGUGAGAUUGGGAUGAGAUCUUCAGUUGCGUGGGCUGAGCUCUCCGAAAUUGUAGCAUCGCCCGUUGAGUUCAGUUUCUGCUGCUCAUCUAACCAUCUUUCUUUUGCUUUCUGCAAACUCUCGCCUGCUUUCAAAGUUAUUUUUGGCUGAUAAAACACCGAUAUGUGCUCAUGCUCCAACGUGCUCCAGCAUGCUCCAGUGCUGUAAGGAUCACAGAUCCAAAGAACAGCGAGAAACCAAUUAGAGGGAACUGGCUCAUUAAAUUAUUUAACCAA